AUGGCCUUAGCUCGUGCCCCUGUGGGGGAUCCGGGAGCCAGUGUUGCGGGUGGAACGAGUUUUGGACUGGAUGCCAGAAAUUUGGAGAUCAAGACUAAAUCCAUCGAGCACACGUUAGUGCCACUAGUUUCUCAGAUAACCACGCUGGUCAACUUCAAAGAGUCGUAUCUUUUGAAUGGCAAACCGAAGUCAGAAAGGGCGAUUCGAGCAGCAUUGAAGGUAGGCAGCGCAGUCGAAGCCGCUAUUGAGCGAUUCGUAGCGGUAGGAGAAACAAUUGCCG